UCUAUUUAUAGACCGCGUGAGGGAGAGUGCUUGUGGAAGUUAUUGGAGACCGAGAGUUAACCUGCAGCACCAGGAGUUCAUUUGGACGACCACCGGCGAUCCCGAUGAGCGCUGGUGAUCUUGGAUUAUGAUUUCCGGGGCAGAGGUCACGUGGCAGUAACGUCUGGGUCACCGUGAGGAAGCUCAGUCCAGGGAAACCAACCAACACAGGCAGGAAAACUAUGUUGGGAAAGAAUUGAAGGAAGUCUCGCGGCCAUUCAGACAAACAACUCAGACACUGGGAUCAGUGGUGGCUGAACACACAGCAGCAGCAGGCCUCUCUCUCUCUCUCUCUCUCUCUCUGGCUGAGGCUAACAAAGGGCUUUGGAAUGAUAGAGGGCCAUCUGAGGAAAGAGCGAGGAGACACCAGGACCGCUAUGCUGCGUUCAGGAGCAGCCUUUCGGACCCUGCCGGAUUUGGGUUUUGCUGUGGAUUUGAACGGGCAGAGAGUGGACCCCUACGUGAUGCUGGAAAGGACCCACGUGGUCUGCUGGUAAACUGUCGGCCGGUUGAAAGUCUCACUUGAGGGUGGCGGGGCGCUGGAGCCGAUCCCAGCUGACACAGGGCGAAGGCAGGGGACACCCUGGACAGGCUGCCAGUCCAUCCAGGCACAUUUACCUUUACCUUAAACCUGGAAAACCCUGAUUGGUCCAGAGCAGUGAGCAGAAAGAGUUGACCUCUGCCCUUCCUCCAGCGUGGCACUAUGGGAUCAUCCACAUUGGGAAAGGCAGCAUCUCUUGAUGCUCUCUUAAAUGAAUGCAUUCAUGAAUUUGAUGACAAUGGGGAUCUGAAGGCCAACCCGCUUCCUCGCACGCUGCUGCUGAUGCAUCGCUGGUACCUUAAAUCUUCAGAACUAGCGGGAAAACUACUGAUGAAGUACCGUGACAGCAAAGAUGACACCUUCCAGAGAACCAGGCUGAAGAUUUGUUAUCUAAUGAGGUACUGGAUUGUGACAUUCCCUGCAGAGUUCAACCUGGACAUGGGUCUGAUCCGGAUAACAGAGGAGUUCAGAGAUGUGGCUGCUCAGCUGUCCUGUGAGGAGCAUUUCAAGCUCCUCGACAUCUCCACUAUUCCGUCAUACGACUGGAUGCGUAAACUGACCCAGCGCAAGAAGCAGGCUAAGAAAGGCAAGGCCUCACUGCUGUUUGACCACCUGGAGCCAAUGGAGCUGGCCGAGCAUCUCACCUUCCUGGAGUUCAAGUCUAUACGAAGGAUAUCGUUCACUGAUUACCAGAGCUACGUGAUCCACAGCUGCCUGGUGGACAACCCGACUCUGGAGCGCUCCAUUGCUCUGUUCAACGGAGUCUCGCAGUGGGUCCAGCUCAUGGUGCUCAGCAAGCUGACGCCUCAGACCCGUGCAGAGGUUAUUAGCAAAUACAUCCAUGUGGCUCAGAAACUCCUGCAGCUGCAGAACUUCAACACUCUGAUGGCAGUGGUGGGGGGGCUGAGCCACAGCUCCAUUUCUCGACUAAAGGAGACUCUCUCUUAUCUGGCUCCAGAAGUUGUAAAGAUCUGGAGUGAGAUGACUGAGUUGGUCUCUUCCAACAACAACUACUCCUGUUACCGAAAGGCCUUCAAUGAAUGCCAGGGCUUCAAAAUCCCCAUCCUGGGUGUGCACCUGAAGGACCUGAUCGCAGUGCACGUCGUCUUUUCCGACUGGAUCCACGACAGUAAUCAGGUGAACCUGGUGAAGAUGCAUCAGCUCUACAUGACCUUCAAUGAGUUGGUUUCAUUGCAGAGUGCAGUGGCCCAGGUGGAGCCCAACAUGGACCUCAUCUACCUGUUAACGCUUUCUUUAGACCUCUACUACACCGAAGACGAGAUUUAUGAACUGUCAUUGCUGAAGGAACCACGUAACCCCAAAUCAUUGCCUACCUCUCCAACAACUCCCAACAAGUCCUUGGUCCCACUGGACUGGGCCUCCGGUGUCACCACCAAACCAGACCCCUCUGUGGUCAAUAAACACAUCAGGAAGGUGGUGGACUCUGUGUUCAGGAAUUAUGACCAUGACCAAGAUGGCUAUAUUUCUCAAGAGGACUUUGAGAGCAUCGCUGCUAAUUUUCCCUUCCUGGACUCCUUUUGCGUGUUGGACAAAGAUCAAGAUGGAUUGAUCAGCAAGGCUGAGAUGAUUGCAUACUUCCUGCGGGCCAACCCACUGCUCCAGAGUAAAAUGGGUCCAGGUUUCAUCCACAACUUCCAGGAGAUGACGUACCUGAAGCCCACCUUCUGUGAACAUUGUGCUGGUUUUCUCUGGGGAAUCAUCAAACAGGGCUACAAGUGCAAAGACUGCGGCGUUAACUGUCACAAACAAUGUCGGGAGCUGCUGGUUCUGGCCUGUCGGAAGCUGAUCCGCUCCAGCUCUCUGGGCAACGUUUCUCCAGCCAGACUGACCCACAGCUCUCUGCCCAGCAGCCCGGCACUGCCCACCUGUCAAGAUGAGGAUGAGGUGUUUGAGUUCCCAGCUGUCACUUCAGCUGAUCCAGCUGUGGAGACUCAGUCCAUCCCCUUGAUGGCCGGCUCCACCCAGAGGAUCUCUGUGCGCCUGCAGAGGGCCACCGCCAGCCAGGCCAGCCAGACUGAGCCCCUGUGGCCUGAGCACAGCUGGGGGGCCACAGAUGGCGGCUCCCACACCUUCCCCAAAAUGAAAUACAGGACUCACAGAAAAUCCUCUAAAAAUAAAGGUCGCGCCCGCUGGGAAAAUCCGAAUGACCAGGCCGUCUCCUCGCGGUGCGGCGUGGACCCUCAGGGGAAGUCACAGGUCUCAGGAGAACCUGUACAGAACGGGACGGCACACAGAGGGAAGGACAGCUGACUUGGUCACGUUGAUGAGGAUCAGUCCCGGGGGUCCAGAAAGCCCCUUACGGUCGGGACCAGGAAGCUCUUCUGUCUGGGGGAUGUGCUGGGCUGCCUGAGGUCCCCCUUCAGUGACCUGGAGUUCUCGUGUCCUCUGUAGCCUUCAGGCACCGGCUGAGCUACAUGUGGACAUCGUGUGGUGUUCUCUGGGAGAACAAAGAGGAAGCAGAGGAGCUCCGGGGGCGUGAGGGACGAAGGGCCACUGUGAAUCCCGUGGAGGAAGCGCUGCAUCCUGAGCAGGCUCGUCGGCUGGGGAUCAGUGAGGAGUACGAAGAGGUCGCAGUUUGAUUCAGGAUGCGCGCGCGUUACGUCGACUUGAAGAACUCUUUUCUUAUUUUUUUAAAAACCGAACAAAAGUGUGUGACCAAAGCCAGCCACCGGGCUUUAAAUGUCAGGCUGGGACAGCAAGAGACUGAUCUGAGGAAAGACGCAAGCAAGUUCUCCCCCGUUACUUCCCGGGUGGGAAUGAGUGUGUCGAUAUUUUAAUGGUUUGAUGCAAAAAAAGGGAACGUUUAAAUGAAUGUAAAGGGGUAACCAUAACCCGACAUAUGGAGCGUUGAUGGGCGAUACUCUGGAUUCUGUUAAAUUAUAUUUUUGAGUGUUCAUUGCCAAUGUUUUUUUAAUUUAUUCCUACAAUACCUGCACUUGACAUUCUACUGUAUCAUGGUUUAAAGGUGCUACGUUUAUAACGCUAUGUGAAGACUUGGCUUAGGGGAGUAAUGGCAUCCUAGUUUUCUGAUAACACCGUUGUCGUGGAAGCACCAACCUCUCAGGUGAACGCUGUUAGCGCGGUUAGCACGUUUAUCACAGCUUCUACUGUAAGCGCUGGUAGCACCGUGAGCCUUCGGCCAUGUUGAGAACCAUUGUGAGUCAAUCAAAAUGCUCCCAAUCUCGUAUUUUGCACAUUUUGAACCUUCCCGUUGUCUUAAGAGUCAAACUUUUUUUUCCCCGUAUGGCAAUUGUGAACUUCCUGGCUUGACACGAUUGUGAGAAAAAGUGUGUCACCGUCAUGAACUAUGGGAGAAACAAAAAGAGGAAAAUCGAAUAAAUUACAACACACAUUGUUGUCUAUAUUGUGAUCACAA